GCAGGGUACCAGGGGCAUGUUAUUGGCUGGCUGUGAGCUGGGAAGCGGACUGGGACCGGGUCAGGAGGCUGCAGCUGGCUGACCCCCAUGCCAGUUCACUGAAUACACCUUCUUCAUGCUAUUAAUGUGCCAUGGAGGACGGCUGUACUGAACAUGCUAAAGCAAUCAAACCUAUAGAUCGCAAAUCAGUUCAUCAGAUCUGCUCUGGGCAAGUGGUGCUAAGUCUUGCAACAGCAGUGAAAGAGCUUCUGGAAAACAGCAUCGAUGCAGGAGCAACAAGUAUUGACAUAAAACUUAAGGAUCAUGGAGCUGAACUCAUAGAAGUCUCUGAUAAUGGCUGUGGAGUGGAAGAACACAAUUUUGAAGGAUUAACUCUCAAGCAUCACACUUCCAAGAUACAGGAUUUUUCUGAUCUCGUUAGUGUUGAAACAUUCGGUUUUCGUGGAGAAGCUCUAAGUUCCUUGUGUGCAUUAAGUGACCUUGUGAUUUGUACCUGCCACAAAAGUGCUGCUGUUGGAACUCGCUUGGUGUUUGAUCAAAAUGGAAAAAUUGUCCAAAAAUCCCCAUUUCCUCGACAGCAAGGGACAACUGUCACUAUCCAGCAGCUCUUUUACACUCUUCCAGUCCGACACAAAGAAUUUCAACGGAAUGUCAAAAAGGAGUUUGGCAAAAUGGUGCAAGUUCUGCAGGCCUAUUGCAUCAUCUCAACUGGGGUUCGCAUCAACUGUACCAAUCAACUUGGCCAAGGCAAAAGAAAUCUUGUGGUGUGUUCCAGUGGCAGUACAAGCAAUGUAAAGGAGAACAUAGGAGCUGUGUUUGGUCAGAAGCAGUUGCAGAGUGUGAUCCCUUUUGUUCAGCUGCCUCCUAGCGAAACAGUCUGUGAAGAGUAUGGAUUGAGCUAUGCUGACCUGCCACACGGAUUCUAUAACAUUACAGGGUACAUAUCCCGCUCAGAUCACGGAGUAGGAAGGAGUUCUACGGACAGACAGUUUUUUUUCAUUAACCAGAGACCAUGCGACCCUGUAAAGGUAUCCAAGGUCGUGAAUGAGGUGUAUCAUAUGUACAACAGGCAUCAGUAUCCCUUUGUUGUUCUUAAUAUCUGUGUCAAUUCAGAAUGCGUUGAUAUCAAUGUCACGCCAGACAAGCGGCAGAUUUUGUUACAAGAAGAAAAGCUGUUACUUGCAGUCCUUAAAACCUCAUUGAUGGCCAUGUACAGCGGUAAUGUGAAUAAGCUUGAUGUGAACCAGACUCUGCAGGAUGCCAUAGGCAACAUCAGAAAUGUAAGCUCAGAGAGCUUUGAAUCGUCCAUCACAGGACAAACAAAUGCAUUUGAUAAAGGUAAACUUUCUAUCUCUAAACUAAGAGAGGCCUUCUCCAUUCAUCACAAAACUCCAAGUAACUCACAACAUGCAAAACUCGACAAAGGACACAUCCCAUCUCCAAGUCAAAAGACGCUUCAAGCAUUUUUUAGUGUUUCUUCAAAAGAUCAAAAUGGUGUUUCCCAAACUGUUCCCUGUACAAGUCCUGAAAAAAGAGAACCGUUGACUCCAAAACUUUCACAAAAAAAUGUAUCUUUCGAAAGUGAUUGUGAUUCUGGGAGGGCAACCACUACUGCACCAGACUUUGAUGGAGACUGCAGUAACCCUAAGUUCUUUAAUAACCAUAGCACUGAAGCUUUGACUGUCUCUUCUGACUCACCGGUGGACAAUGAAGAAGUUGGUCCACCUAUAGUCCUUGACAAUCCUCAAAAUCUGAAACCUGAAUUCAAGGAGGAUGGGGCAGAAAGUGUAUCAGAAAAACGACAACUGUAUAUUGAUGGUUGUAUUCCAAAUUCCAAGCGUAUAAAAAUGCAAGAUGAGCCAGUCCCCGUCGUCAACUUUACAUCAGGCAAAUUGCAAGCAGACACAGUAGACGCACCAAUAAAUAUCACAAAGAGAACUGUGCCCUUGCAGUUCUCAAUGAGCCAUCUAGCUAAAGGAAUCAAAAGGCUAAACCUUCAGCAAACUGAGAGAGAGGAAUCCGAGAAAUAUCGCAGAUUCAGAGCAAAAAUAAACCCAAAUGAAAAUCAGGCUGCUGAAACUGAAUUAAGGAAAGCAAUCAGUAAAGAAAUGUUUGCAAAAAUGGAAAUCAUCGGCCAGUUCAAUUUGGGAUUUAUAAUAACCAAGAUGGACUCCGACAUAUUCAUAAUUGAUCAACACGCAACAGAUGAGAAAUACAACUUUGAGAUUUUGCAGCAGACUACAGUUUUACAAGGACAGAGACUUAUUGCGCCACAGACCUUGAGCUUAACGGCUGUGAAUGAAUGUGUUCUUAUGGACAACCUAGAAAUAUUCAAGAAGAAUGGAUUUGAUUUCAUAUUUGAUGAAAAUGCACCUGUCAUGGAACGGGUCAAGUUAAUUUCUCUACCGACAAGCAAAAACUGGACUUUUGGCCAACAGGAUAUAGACGAGCUGAUCUUCAUGCUGAGUGACUCUCCGGGAGUUAUGUGCAGACCAUCGAGAGUAAGGCAAAUGUUUGCCUCUCGUGCCUGUAGGAAGUCUGUGAUGAUCGGAACAGCUUUAAAUGUUCAUGAAAUGAGGAAACUUGUGACUCACAUGGGUGAAAUCGAGCAUCCUUGGAACUGCCCGCAUGGACGACCAACUAUGAGACACAUUGCUUCUUUAGACAUGAUUUCUCAGGACUGACCUAUUUAUUUUUAUACUUUUUCUACCCUUUUCUUCACUGGCACUAUUAGUGUGAUGUAUUUUAAGAAGGAUUUGAACAUCCUAUAUAAAUGUUAUACAAUGUGUAUGUUCUAUAUUUACAAUAGGGUUAGUUUUAAUUCAAUGUAACAUGUCUUGGAUGCAGGAACAGCCUUGAUCUCUUUGUAUAAUGCAGCUCAAAGAAUGU